AAAAGGACCGGUAGUUUAAGAAGAAUGUAAAGCCAUAAGCGCUGUGACCUGGCAAGGCAUUACCAAAUUCUGCUUCCGUCUUAGCGGGUCACCCAAACUUACCAGCCAUUGUUGCGCUGGCCACUGCUUUCUCUCUUCCCACUAACUCCAUCACUCUUCAAUGCCCUCCCAGUCGUCUUCCUCGUCGGCUUCGUCCUCUACUUCCUUCCAAAAGAUGAAGAAACGUAGAUUGUCCCGAGAGCAACUCUUAAAGAGUCUUGAGAUCUUGGGUCCUCUUGCAGCACCGCUGCCACCAGACCUCCCACCGUCACCCCCCGCAUCCCGGUCAAACUCCCCUACCGCACCAGCCAUUAAGAGAAAGCAUGAAUCCUCACUGGAACAUGAUGUCGUCAAGCGUUCUAGAACCAACGGGCUGCCAGAGAAGCCCUCCUCACAUCACCAUCAUCAUUAUCACCCACCACCACCUCCUCCUUCACAACCGCUCAGGUCUUCAAACGCAGUUCCUUCAUUCAACUUGCGUUCUGAGCCAUCAGAGGAUGGAGAAGUACGAGAAGAUACCACUGCCGUGACGCCUCGGGGUCCGGCGCCUGCUGUUCUGUCAACCACUGUGCCUGUGCGGCGUCCGCGGCGCGGACGUCCAACACUCGCCUCCUUCGAUGAAAUGCAUGAUAAAUACCACAACUAUGGUAGGAAGCUCAAGUAUUCAGGCGAUGCUCGCUUCUGGUCGACAUAUCCUGCUACACACAAGGAGUACCGUCCACUGGCUAGCCCACCGGCUCCAAACUCCCCAUACCAUAAGCAUGGAGGGCUCAUUGCGCGACUCGAGCUCGUAGACGCACUUGUAUGCUUCACCUACUCAUUGUGGAGCAAGGAUUUCAGCAGGAAAUCAUGCUUCCGUGAGACUUGGGCUACCAUCGAGGCAUUCCUCGGGUGGUGUAAAAAUAAAUGGAUCGCUGAGCUUGAUACGAUCGGCGAUCGUGAAAAAGCCCUCUUGGGCUUGAUCUGGAUGAUUGAAGGAUUCAUCCACGGGCGAAAGUUCUUUUUUUCAGCAAAGACGGUCAUAGAACCCGAAAUGGACCGCAUAUGGGCAAAAAUGAAGGCUGAGAUGGCGAUGCUCAGCAGCAAUGCGGAGAAAGCGGACGGACAGCCCACACCACCAAUGCUUCCUUCUCCCGCAAGCAUAGCUCCUGCCAAUAGUGCAAACUCCACACCUAUAAACAACAGUGCGAGCGGCACUCCGAGUGUGAACACCUCUAAUAGUAUCAGUAUGGCCAACUCGCCCGCUCCCUCCCGCCCAGCACCUCCAAUUUCUACCGCACUCCCACAGUAUAUGCAUUGUCUUCUGCCUCAGACAGCCAAGGGUCAAAGCGCGAGCUACAACAUGAUCGAAGCAGCCGCCAAGGCAACGGCGACCAUUAAUCCCGCGCUCACGUUCAACGUCAAAGAGCUAUCCGGUGGCGUUAUGGCCGCGGGGUACUGUAUGGAGUUUGCUCAACGCACUCUGACCCUGCCCAUAUUGGCACGCCAUUAUCCCACGACAUUUGCCCGGAUGAUGAGUUCCAGUCUGACUGCGCACGAAGAACACGAGCCUGACAUUGAAGAUGAAGAAGGGGAACUGUUCUGGCCUGGCCAGUGUGUAACUGGAGAGGGUCUCGGUUGGGUUUGCCUGAUGGGUAAAGCCAUGAUCAAGGAAUUCGGCCGAGACAUUGGCUAUCUCGGACUUGCCGGCGUCGUCCCUAAGCCCGCUCCUGGACCGAUAACAGGCGAUUCAUCCCGACACGCAUCCGUACUCCGGUAGCAAGCCAUAAGAGCCAUACCAUUCCACGCGAUUCUCAUUUCUUGUCGGCAUCAUCAUCUGGAGUCAUGAUUUUACUUGCAAUCCACGGAAGAUCUUGGAUGGAUUUUCUCGGAUUUCAUUGCGGAGAAGGUUUUCAAGCCUUCUGGAUCUCUCGCCCUAUCGCGCCAGCUCAAUGGACGUUGCCUACGCUUUAGCGACCUCGCCCAACCCUUCGUAGCACCCUUGCUGCAGACCAGUGCAUUUAGCGCUCUCAACUUUAGAUCAAACUUGUAUUAUUACUCAUAUCAACUUGUCAU